GCGUACAAAAGUUGAAAAUUCUUCAUUGCCGUGCUGACUCCAACACACAAAAAAUCUCUCUCCAUUUACGGUCGUUAUCUCUCUUCCGAAGAAGGUAGACCGACUGUAGAAUCCAUAAUAAAUUUGCAACAGUCUCUUCUUCUUCGAAGAUUUAUUGAGCUCCUUCACUUGGUUGGGAGUAGUUGAAUCACGUCUAUCGUGUUGUUCGACACUUUCUGAAUGGGAUCUUUAGCUUUAUUGCUUUCUCACUCUUUAUGGCGCAUGAACACGGCUUGGAUUGAUUUGCGAUAAAUCCCUCUCCGUGGCUUUCCCUUAAUAGACACGAUAGACCAUUCUUAUAAUUUGGAUUGCGUCUGCUUUUAUGCUAGUGAGUCUGUUUGGAGUUCUCAAGGCUUAAAUAGAAAUCCAUUACCAUGUUUCAUCGUUGGAGUAAUUCCAAUCAGGAUCAGCAGGAUGUUUCGCUGCAGCGAGAUUCUAAGGUCAAUGAGCUGAGGAAUGCAAUUGGACCUUUGUCUGGACGCAGUUUACAAUAUUGUUCUGAUGCAUGUUUGAGAAGAUAUCUGGAAGCUCGGAGCUGGAAUGUGGACAAAUCAAAGAAAAUGCUGCAAGAGACGCUUAAAUGGAGAUCUACUUUUAAGCCUGAAGAAAUCCGCUGGCAUGAAGUUGCUAUUGAAGGUGAGACUGGUAAAGUAUACAGAGCAAAUUUUCAUGACAGACUAGGAAGGACCGUGCUUAUACUGAGGCCAGGAAUGCAGAAUACAAAAUCUAUAGACAAUCAGCUCCGACACUUGGUGUAUCUCAUAGAGAAUGCUAUCCUUAACCUUCCAGAGGGUCAAGAACAAAUGGCGUGGUUGAUAGACUUCACUGGAUGGUCAAUAACCAACAGUGUACCUAUCAAAACAGCCCGUGAAACUAUCAAUAUACUACAGAACCACUAUCCUGAGCGGCUAGCCAUAGCAUUUCUCUACAAUCCCCCACGGAUUUUUGAAGCAUUUUGGAAGAUUGUGAAGUAUUUCUUGGAUGCCAAAACAUUUCAGAAGGUGAAAUUUGUGUAUCCUAAGAAUGUUGAUAGUGUUGAGGUGAUGCAGUCAUAUUUCGAUGAUGAAAAUCUUCCAGCUGAUUUUGGAGGAAAAGCGAUAUUGAAGUAUGACCACGAAGAGUUCUCAAGAUUAAUGUCUCUAGAUGAUGACAAGGCUGCUUCAUUCUGGGGAUUUGACAAUAAGCUUCAACCAGUUACAAAUGGGCAUCAUGGAGCUGAGGUGGCUCCAGAGCCAAAUGGCCUAGUGUCCCCUGCCAUCUAGCUUCCCACCUUCAGUGGGUUAUUGUUGUACAAUUAUAGAU